ACAGGGAUAAAACUUUUAACACAACAGCUAACUAAAAUUCAAGGUUUCAGCAAUUUGAUUGUUCAAAGAAGACUUAAAAUUAAUAAAAAAUAAGAAAAGGGGAGAAAAUUGUUAUUCUCAGCUCUCUAAUAAAAGAAAAAUCGCAGAAAAACCUAGAACAUCUAUAGUGCCAUAGAAUUUUUGCAGCUCUAUCGCUUUUUUGCUUAGGCGGUUUUGCCAUCACUAAUUUGCGCGCUUCAAUCUGUCUGAUUUUUAUUUUGCUAAAUAAAUUAAUGAAAUAAUGUCAAAUAAAGACGAACUUAGUCAAGGAGCCAAGCAGAGAUUUGUGGAGACGGCUGCCAGAGCCAAAAAUCCAGCAGAAUCUCUAAGCUAUCAAAGUUACAAGGCUCCCAGCGGAGAAGAAUUCAAACUGAUUUGCCGAACAAAGGCGGAUGCGGAUUCCAAGUUACUAAAAUGGGCAUUUAAACUUGCUGAAAUUAACGUUGGACCCUACUACAAACAACUCAAGAUGGGCUGGCAGCCGAAGAUUAAAUCCGCAGAGUUAAACAAAAACUGGGCUCGCUAUUUGGUGGCCCAAAAUGAGAAGAAGGAGAAUGUGGCCUACGCCAUGUUUCGGUUUGAUAUGGAUCACGGCGAUAGUGUUUUAUAUUGCUACGAAAUGCAAGUGGCAGAGGAGUACCGAAGAAAAGGCCUGGGAAAAUUCAUCAUGAGCAUUUUGGAAGAUUGCGCCCGCCUUUGGCGCCUAGAAAAGGUCAUGCUGACCGUCCUGAACAACAACGAACCGUCCAUUUCCUUCUUCAACCAACUGGGCUACGUCAAGGAUGAGAUCUCCCCGGAUGUACUGGAACAAGCCGACUAUCAAAUUCUCAGCAAAUCCAUGCUGAGUUGAGUGUUUAUUGGAGUUCAGAGAUUAUAGACAACUAGUAAAUAGUA